UUUAGACGAGGUGGAGGAGAAGACUUAUUGUAACUUCAUGUUUUCGACCCUCUCAAAAGGGGAUCCAGAGACUUGCGAGGCAGUUUUCCUGACACUGUGAGUCCACUCCUGCUUACUUGGUCAUCGGACAGCCUGCCGUUUAUCCAAUGUGCGUAAAGGGGCUUUGUUUCCUCACCGUCCUGACUGGACUCGCAGCUUCAGGUGUGCUGCAGGUCAGCGGGAUGCGUAUAUACACAUCAGGGGAUAUGGAAGCUGUCAAUGGGACAGAUGUUCGUCUGAAGUGCACAUUCGACAGCUCCGCUCGCAUCAACCCCAGCAGCAUUGUGGUAUCCUGGACUUUCAGACCACUAAAACCGGGCCGAGAGGAGUCGGUGUUCCACUACCAGCAGCGACCGUAUCCUCCUACAGAGGGCAUUUUCAGGAAGCGCAUUCUUUGGGCGGGUGACAUCAUGGGCCGUGAUGCCUCCAUCAUAAUUCGAGAGGUCAAGUUCACCUACAACGGCACUUUCUUCUGUCAUGUCAAGAAUCCGCCGGAUGUCCAUGGCGCGGUUGGAGAGAUUCGACUCCGUGUCGUCACCACAGCCUCUUUCUCAGAGCUUCUCCUUCUGGCAUUGGCCAUCGGAGGUGGUAUCACUGCUGUGGUCAUCCUCCUCAUCAUCAUCGUGUCCUGCAGGAGGUGCAAGCGGAAGAGAGAGAGGCAUGAAGGGAAUGUGCACGGGCACGAGGAAGCUCCACGCAAAGAGAGAAAAGACCCCACGGCGUGUCACCCAUCGAGGGCCGUCCACCUCUACUUAUCAGAGACAUCCAUAGAGAUCGACAGUUCAGACGGCAUGAUCUCAGAAGCCAGCACCAAAGACCCCAGCUCCUCAGAGGAGGAGGCCCCGAGCUCAGACGACGAUGGCGGUGACGACUCCGACUGAGAAGGUGGGGACAGAUAGAGAGAAAAAACCACUGAUAUGAAGCCAGCCGGGAAGCCUGCUGGAGGGAUGCCCAGAUGGCACCCGUGGAUUACGUUCCAUGGUCCCGCUGACUGGGGCCUCGUUGAAGAGAGCAUUGCCGCUGUGUUGAAAACAAGCACAUUGUUCAAGAAUGGCAGGAAAACGGAUAGAAAGUUCUGUUUGAAAGUUUUU